CGAAAAUCUUGAUCAGUUACCAAAGAUUUGUGAUUGUAGAGAAGUGAAAAUGUUCCUAAAAAUUGUUGCGGUGAAAUUCCUUUUCGUGGUAGUUGCUCUGGGUACUCCGCUGCCAGAGCAAAGUGAUGUUGCGGCCUUGAAUAUGCAAAGGAAAUUUGAGGAAGGAGGUUUCUUUGAGGGUGACAUGCGCUUCCCAGAAGGGGAUGGAAACUGGCGGAAUGGUUUAGUUAACACACGAUACCGAUGGAUAAAUAAGACUGUUUAUUAUGACAUUAGUCCUGAAUUCACAACUGCCCAAAAACAGGUUAUUACUGGCGGUUUGGAUGAAAUUCAAAGGAAUACCUGCAUUCAAUUCAAGCAACGGACGAAUCAAACGAACUAUGUUUAUGUACAGCGGGAAAAUUCAGGAUGUUGGUCCUAUGUUGGCAUGAUAGGAGGCAAACAAUUGCUAAAUUUACAGGUACCCGGAUGUUUGUACCAUAGAACGGCAAUGCAUGAGUUCAUGCAUGCUCUAGGUUUCCAUCACCAACAUAGUAGUACCGAUCGGGAUGAUUAUAUUGAAGUUCACUUGGAAAACGUUAGUGACGAGUAUCAAUACGCUUACGACAAGUAUGGGCCUGACAGAAUAACUGAUUUCGGCAUUGCAUAUGAUUACAAAAGUGUACUUCAUUAUAAUCAAUACGCUUUCAGUAAGAAUGGUAAAAAAACGAUUACAACUAAAGAUCCCUCGAUGCAAAAUAUAGUGGGAACAAUUACUUCUCUAAGUACAAAGGAUAUUGCUAAAAUGAGAGCUAUGUACAAUUGUUAACAGAACUGAUUGGAAUUAAGUUUAGUAUACUUUACAGUACAAUUACAACUAAAUUAUUUUUAAGUUUUCUUGAAUAAAAAUGUAAUUCCUAAAA